GACAAGCGAUCCGUCGUCGGCCGUUGAUGGUGAUCGCACAACUUCAACCCCACCGCUCCACCGUUACAAUAUGUCGCUCCUCGCAGCCACCAAGACUAUCGUCAAACCCGUCGUCGGCGUCGUAAUCCAAUCAGGCGUUCAACCUAAAACGGUCAAAGUACUCAGGACUACUCAAGUUCUUCAUCGGGUCGUACCAAAGGCUAUUAAAAAAACGGUAGUUUAUACGGUCCAUGACGAGAAGAAUAGUGCGAGGAGAGGAGACAAGGUCGAGAUAAUUCCAGCAGGUCGAAGGAUUUCAACAAACAAGACAUAUGCACUAUCGCGUAUCCUUCCGUCAACCCGAUAACGGAACUCACGUCUCCGUGGCUCCGUGGCCUCCUCAUCGAUGUAUACCUAUUAUUACCUGUGUCUGUCUUCCUGGCUCUCGGGCUAUGUACCCAGUCGCUACAUUCCUGCAAUCAAUCUUUAAUUCGCUGUUCAACUGCCGAUUCGAUUGGACUUAUUAUCGACAAUCAAACGCGGGAUAAAAGACACAUUAGUCGGCUUGCUCUUCUUGUAGUUCACGCGCCUGUUUGCCUAUUUCGUUUUUCUUCAAUAACGACCCUUUUUUAUCUCGCCAUCUCAAUUUCUAUUGGUCCAAAGCAUCAUUCUGAAUUAUGUCAAUCAAUUGCUUGAGAAGUGCCGACUUAUCUCCCCCAACUUCUUUUCUCAGUCUAAGACGUUCGUCUGAUGUUACAUGGGGACUUAACUCUCCCUGCUCCGGCACAGGUACAGCCUGUGGUCCAGGUGCUGGUACCAGCGCUUGCAUAUUUAAUGUUUUCACUCAUUCAAGAAAUAACAACAACAAAAAAAGAGUAGGUAUAUUUUUAAACAUGUGGUUUUUCUACUCAGUGGAGCGCAAGGUGAAAUGAGGGGCGUGAAAAGUAGUAUGCAAUGAAUGUAUUUGUGGUUAUUUCAGAAUUUA